AUGCAUCCGUUCGACGCCGUUAAGAGUCCCAACGUAGUCGCCCUGCAUCCCCCGCCAGCUUGUCAUGCGACCCAGCUCUCGUUGAGGGACCGCCGAAACUCGCUGCACCCUCUGAAACAAAACGCUCCAUCCAUCGCAGAGGAGAACGUCGACACUUUCGACGACGUCGACAUAUCAGAUCCUAUCCGACCGCCGCCUUCCGCACUCACCUCGACAACUGCCACUGCCUACAACCCGCACGCCGAGGUGCCCUCUCCGCUCGAGAACUACUCGUCGUCGCCCCGUACAUCGCACCAAAGGUCUCUCACCGGCACAUUCUUCGACAACUGCCAGCCGCUUCUCAAUCGCGCUACAUCUACUCUCCAGCAGCAUACUUCGCGCACAUCUCUCCACUCACCGACCAAGUCGCUGGCGAGCUUCAUUCCCUCCAGGGGUGCAAUCGAAUCGACGGCCAGCCAACCAAAGAUCCGCGCCGGUGCAAAGGCUCUGCAAAAUUGGUUCAACGGCGCAACUACCGGUGCAAGCGGACAGGUGACAUUUGGGGUGGGAAUCAGACAGGAGGACUCUGACUCAGAAGAAUACGAUUCGGAGGAGGACGACGUCGACGACAUGAUGACAGGCAUCUUCAACCGUGGAACCUCGCUCACACGCGCGUCCAGUGAUUCGCAGGAGCCCCCUCAGGCCCCAACAUCCACCAAGCGCCCCGCAACGUCUUCAACGUCAACAGCCAGUUCGAGAUUCGCUUGGCUGCUCAAUACGCAGAAGAAUGCAGCAAUACCUCCUCCAGUUGCGUCACCGACCUACCACAAUGCAGAAGAUGAUCUGCUCAAUCUCAACAUCUCGCAAGCGCUCUUCCCGCACGGCCCCGUCGACCCACUUGCGCCAUCGUCGUUCAAUGACCUUCUCUCCACCGCCGAAUCACUCCUCUCGCGAUAUCAGUCCUCCUACCGACAGCUUUCCACCGCGCUGGUAGAUGCUCGUGCCGAACAGAGCGCCCAAGAUGACGAACUGGACGAGGCCGACACGCGGAUCAUGCAUCUGAAGUCACAACUCGAGACCAUGGCUGCGCGAGCCAACGAUCAGGACGAGCAGAUGCGCCGACUCAUGGAGGAGCUCAUGUUCGAGCGCCGGGCAAGGCAGGAGGAAGAGGCGGCGCGGAAGAAGAGCUUGGCCAUGGUCCGGAGGGACACACACCACGAGAUUCCGGAUACCGACAGCGUCCACAGCCCAAGGCGGCGCAAUCGCGUAUCCAAUUCGGACGUUAGUGUUGACUCAGGCUUUGAGUCCGAGUGCGAGACCGACGGCGCGAGCAUCUUCUCGCGUAACAACUGCUUGAGUCCCACAGGCACAGAUCUCUCUUCCGUUGCCGAGACGGACGAUCGACAAACCACCCCUAAAGGCAAGAAGCCAGAGCUUAUGCACCGGAGUAGUACAUACGACAAGGUGCGAGAUGGCACAGCGCGGCUUGAGAAGAAUGGAUGGGGCUGCACGAACUGCGAGGGCGGGUCCCAGUCUGCUGUAUGGGGUCGACUAGCAAAGGAGCGUGAGGAGAACAGCGUGCUUCGAAGGCGGGUAGGCGAGCUUGAAGAAGCUGUGGAGGGCGCGCUCAACGUCGUAGACGGACCAUGGGGGUUGUAG